GCAGGCUGGCGCACAUCUGACACCGCAGGGACGCGCAGAAGUCAGUGGAGUUCAGUCCACCUCCGACGUCCUCCACCAUGCAGCCGGCGACACGCACGACGCGCCUGUGACGAGUGUUCGCAAAGAGGGGGAGAGUUUAUCCGCAACAGCGAGCGGACUGCGCGCAGAGAGACAGAUCAAGGACGAACUCGUGCCCGCGUUUUCUCUUCACCCUUUUUCGCCUUCUUCUUCUACGUGGAGUUGAGCAUUUCUGUUGGAUUUUUUUAUUUUAUUUCAUUUUUUUGUAUUUAAAAGGGGGAUUAUUUUUUGUUGUUGGUCGAAGCCUUUUUUGCCACCGACAUGGAGUACACUUCCUCCCCGAAACCGCAGCUCUCCUCCCGGGCAAACGCUUUCUCCAUAGCCGCGCUGAUGUCCAGUGGGAAGCCCAACAAGGAGAAGGAGACGGAGGAGAACACCAUCAAGCCCCUUGAACAAUUUGUGGAGAAGUCCUCCUGCAACCAGCAGUCUCUGGCUGACCUGUCCUCUUUGGACGGGCACGGGGACUUCAGCGGGGGCGCGCCCGCGGUGUGCACGGAGCCGCUCAUCCCCACCAAUCCCGGGAUCCCGAGCGAGGAGAUGGCGAAGAUCUCGUGCAGUUUGGAGACCAAAGAGCUGUGGGACAAAUUUCACGAGCUCGGAACCGAGAUGAUCAUCACCAAGUCCGGAAGGAGGAUGUUCCCCACCAUCCGGGUCUCUUUCUCCGGGGUGGACCAAGACUCCAAGUACAUCGUGUUGAUGGACAUCGUCCCGGUGGACAACAAACGGUACCGGUACGCGUACCACCGUUCCUCCUGGCUGGUGGCCGGCAAGGCCGACCCUCCCCUUCCCGCAAGGUUGUACGUCCAUCCGGACUCCCCGUUCACCGGAGAGCAGCUCGUCAAGCAGAUGGUUUCCUUCGAGAAGGUCAAACUGACCAACAACGAGCUGGACCAACACGGACACAUCAUCCUAAACUCCAUGCACAAGUACCAGCCGCGGGUCCACAUCAUCAAGAAGAAGGAGCACACCGCCUCGCUGCUCAACUUCAAGUCCGAGGAGUUCCGCACCUUCGUGUUUGUGGAGACGGUCUUCACCGCCGUCACGGCCUAUCAGAACCAGCUGAUCACCAAACUGAAGAUCGACAGCAACCCGUUCGCCAAAGGUUUCAGGGACUCGUCUCGGCUGACGGACAUGGAGAGCAGGGAAAGUGUUGAGAAUCUGAUCCACAAGCACUCGUACGCCCGGUCGCCGAUCCGAACCUACGCCGGCGACGAGGAGAACCUGGGCGAGGACGGACUCGGCGGACACACCCGAGGCUCCGCCUUCAGCGCCUCAGACAACCUCUCCCUGAGCUCCUGGGUCACCACCACUUCGGGCUUCUCGGGCUUCCAGCACCCGCAGUCCCUUUCGGCCAUGGGCGCCGGCGCCGGCUCCCUGCCCCACCCCAUCCAAGGCUCCCUGCCCCCCUACAGCCGGCUGGGCAUGCCGCUGACGCCCACCGCCCUGGCCGGAAGCAUGCAGGGCAGCGGGCCGUCCUUCCCCUCCUUCCACAUGCCCCGCUACCACCACUACUUCCAGCAGGGGCCCUACGCCGCCAUCCAGGGACUGCGGCACUCCUCCACGGUCAUGACGCCCUUCGUAUGACUGCGUCCCGGGGAGGAGAGGGACGACCUUCUCUCCGACCCCCAAGCCGGUGCAGCCAGUUGCUUCUCCACUCCGGCUCAUCCCUCCUCAUCCUGUUUGUAUCGCCCCCCCUGGUCUCUGUAAAUAGUUCACCUGCAGGCGAAGAGAACACUUCAGCGGCAUUGUACAAACUCCUGCAACCUCAAAACAAACUGUUCCAAACGACACGAGGAGCCGGUUUGGUCUCGUCCCCCCUGAGGAACAGAAAGUGGAGGCUCAAUUUAAACUCGUUUGAAACGAUAUUUAGAAGAACCCUGUAAAAGGUGUCAAAGUCCCGGCAGGGACGCCACCGAGGCUUUAAAGAGGCCGGGUUGCCGUCUGACCCUUUAACAUUUUCGGAGAGACAAUUGUGAUGCUACAGUGUUGGCUUGGUACAAGUAUGUGAACCGUCUGUGACUUUCUUCCGUUUUAUUGAAAGCCAGCUCGUGUGUGCAAAUCAAACUUCACUCUCAUGGUAAAAUGCAUUGUACAAAGAUGGAAUUGCAAAAUGUAUUCAUAGGAAAAUUCUUAUUGCGCAAAAAGAAAAAAAGAAGAAAUCAUAGGACGCAUGCUGACAGCAGUAGACAAACACGCUGGGUAAACUUUAUAUGGAAUAAUAUGUGACGAUUGAGUUCUGAGAAUCUGUGCAUCCUCUGACGGUCCGGUCACACCAGCAUGUAAAAACGCUUAAAAAAAACAAUUCAUUUCAAAGCAAACUGUGGAUAACCCAACAAAUAUUUCUCCUCAGGAUGCACUUUGGUAAUUCUGACCCACUAGAUGUAGACUGUGGAUGGAAGCCUCAUUUCAGCUCUUGUUCUCCUCCCCAUCCCAUAUCUUUGCCAUGCUAGCUAGUUUAGCUUUAGUUUAAAAAAAAAGAAAAUCAUGUGGGACUGUUUAUGUCCAACUUCUCUUCGGAGAACUUUGCUAAUCUCCCCCUUUGGUCCUACAGCGACCUGCUCGGUAAUCAUGGCCGAUGAGUUUCUGAACGGACAGUUAAAACACCUGCUGGCUUGGAGAGCUUUUCGUAUGAAUUCCUGAUAAAAAAAAGGCCUCGCGAGAUUCAAACCGCGCGGCAGAGAGGAAAUAAACUGAAAACAAUUUCAUCCACCAAA